UGAGGGAGAGAAAAAGAGAGGAAUGGAGAGGGAGGGAGGGAGAGAGAAUAUGAGAGAUUGGCGGUCUUCUCUUUCUGUUUUUGCUCUGAAUUUCUGAUACGUAACGUUCAAACUUUGGAAUAUAUUUCUCUUUCAUUUCUUCUCUCUCUCUCUUUUAAAAAGCCUUUUCCCUUUUCUCUCUCUCUUUAACUGCCUUUCCUCCCCCUUCUCCUCCCUCUUCUCUGCAGUUCUCUCCCUCCACCAAAUGCUUCCCAAAUCCACCGGAAUCCUCUGGCUCGACGGCGACCAUGAAGACGCCACUUCUUGGAUAACAACAACCAACCACGACAACCACCACUCCCUCCCCGUUCCACCUGCCCCCUCCAUUUCCUCCUUCAAAUCCAUUCUCCAAUCCGACUGCUACAUCAACUCUUCUACUCCUCUCAAUCCUUCUCACCAAGAUUUCCAUUCCCUUUCUUCUCAUCCCCACAUUCCUGACCUUCCUUUCUCCUCCAAUCCUUCUGAUAACUUCCUCUUACACCCUUUAGAUUCCUCCUCUUCCUGCUCUCCUUCUCACGCUUUUCCUCUCCAUCCUUCCCAUUCCAACUCCAUCUUACCAUCUCACAAAUCUUCCUGCUUUUCUUCUCUUCUUAACGUUGUUUGCGGUUCCAGUUUUGAUAAUGCCUUUGAUUUAGGCGGUGAAAAUGGUCUGCUUGGAUCUUACCAGGGUAACCAAGCUUUGAUGGGUUUCACUGGCAUUUCUUCUCUUCCUCAAAUCGCUACUCAGGAACUCACCUUAAACAACUCCGACUUUCACGUUCCCGAUAAUCCUCCGGCAUUUGGUGCUGGAUUUAAUUCGGCGGCUGCUUUUGAGAACUUCGAUGCCUGUGGUAAUGCUCUGUUUCAGAACAGGUCUAAGGUUUUGAGACCUCUCGAAGUGUUCCCGGAGGUCGGUGCGCAGCCGACUCUGUUUCAGAAGCGGGCGGCGCAUCGAGUUGGCUCUGGUGGAGCUGAUAAACUAGAGAAUUUGGAGGUUUCGGGUUUUAAAUUAGAAGAAGGCCCAAUGUGGACGCCAAAUUUGGAGAGGCUGAGGAAGAUGAACGGCGAUGAGGACAUUGAGGACGGCAGCGUGGAUGUUUCUCGCUUCAAUUAUGAUUCCGACGAACCCAUUGAGUAUAAUAAGCAAGAGGAUAAUGUUAAUGCUAAAAACUGUGGAAGCAAUUCCAAUGCCAACAGUACUAUCACUGGCGGAGACCAGAAGGGGAAGAAGAAGGGGCUGCCGGCGAAAAAUCUGAUGGCGGAGCGGCGGCGGAGAAAGAAGCUGAAUGAUAGACUUUACAUGCUUAGGUCCGUCGUACCCAAGAUAAGCAAGAUGGAUAGAGCUUCAAUACUUGGAGAUGCCAUUGACUACUUGAAGGAGCUUCUUCAAAGGAUAAAUGAUCUCCAUAAAGAACUUGAGUCGACCCCUCCUGGUUCUGUGUUGCAACCUUCUGCGAGCUUUCACCCGUUGACGCCGACGCUGCCAACUCUUCCCUGUCGUGUCAAAGAGGAGCUGUGUCCAAGCAACCUGUCCAGCCCCAAUACACAGCCUGCCAGGGUUGAAGUCCGGGUUAGAGAAGGCAGAGCUGUCAAUAUUCACAUGUUUUGUUCUCGCAAGCCGGGUCUCUUGCUAUCCACCAUGAGGGCUUUGGAUAACCUUGGCUUGGACAUCCAACAAGCUGUAAUCAGCUGUUUCAAUGGAUUUGCUUUAGACGUGUUUCGUGCAGAGCAAUCCAAGGAAGGUCAGGAGAUGUUGCCUGAGCAAAUAAAAGCAGUGCUGUUGGAUUCAGCUGGUUUACAUGGUGUUGUAUAACUGAAGCUAUUAACACAAAUGAAGCAGCUCUUUCCAUUGAUGGAUGGAAUAAUUGAUGUGUUUUUAUGCAUCAACAAAUUCUGUAAAUCCAACAACCAACAUUCAGCUUAGCCCCGUCUUAUUCUUGAAGGCAACAACCACAAGUAGGUGUGGCCAAAUAUUUUGUGGGUUUAGUACUUUACCUCUCUUGCUUUCAGAACAUAAUUGCAAGAUCAACCUCAUGUGUCACACUUCAUUUGGUUGAGUUUUUUGGAAUAAGAUUUUUCUUCUUAAACGUAGUUUACUUCUGUUACAGCCUUUCUAAA